UUUAGGAGCUGAUUUUUGGAUUAUUCGACCGCAACCAUAGUCCCCUUUUCAACAGCAGGAAUAGCCUACAAGAUGGCGUCUAUCAACUUCCGGCGGGUGGGGGAGUGAGGGCGAGUACUUCCGGUUUGAAUACAGAGUUUUGACAGUUUGUUUUGACAUAGACACCAAGAGCAAGAAUGAGCGGAUUUGGAAAGGUUAAAGAAAGGCGAUUGGCCUUCCAGCGGGUAAGAAAGUCGGCACUACAUUGCUGUGUACCCCUUUGUACAAAUUCGUCCCGUUAUAAUCGGGAGAUAAGUUUCCAUUCAUUUCCUAUUGAUGCUGAAGUAAAGGCUCAGUGGCUGAUCAAGGUCCGUAGGGACAAUUUCAGCCCCACAAAAAAUACCCGUGUGUGUAGUAGGCAUUUUCGACCAGGAGACUUAUUGGUCACAGCUGGAGGACUGAACAGAGUACAGAAAGGAGCUACACCUGUUCUCUUUGCAUGGAAUAACUACGAGCUACCUACACCAAGACGUAAUGUUUGGGAGCGUCGGCCGAGGGCAGAGAGUCCCACCCCGGACUUGACAGCUGAGUACGAGGUGGAAACAGUUGCGCCGCCGGAUCAUGACUACUCUUUAAAUCCAGCGACGGCAGUGAUGGCAAAUCAGGUGGCCGACGAGAACGAAGCCUUGAAAAUGCAGGUAACAGACGGAGAGUCUAUGGAGGCUGUUUCAGAGCCAGGAUUUUCUGCAGAUGUUGGAGAACCACAGCUUGUUCACACAGCUUCUCAACAACUCUCUGAACAUGGAGAGGAAGAUACCUUUGUUGCUGCUCAAAAAGAAAUAGAAAUUAAAGAAAUUGAGCAUAAAGAGACUUUAUCCACUGAAGAGACAGUCAGCACAGUUAUGGUUCACAGUGUUGGGUCAAAUAGCACAUCAGAGACUGAGAAAGAAGAAGGUAGUCAGGUGAAAACCGAGGAAGAGUUUGAGUUGAGCUCAGAGGAAAAUCCUGCAGAACCUGAUAUGAGCAAGGAUACAAAUAUGCACAAUACUGUUGAGAAGAUAACAAACUUAAACAUGGAAACAGACAUGGACACUACAAAGGACAAAGGCACUCAGCAGGGGUCACCUGGCAGUAAAUCCAGGGUUCCUAAAGCAGAGGACCUCGAUGAGAUGAUGGACAUUGGUACAGUAGAUCAGGGGGAACAGGAAGCUCAGAUGAAAGAGGAGCAAGAGAAUCAUUUAAUGGAGGAGGAUUGCAGCCAUUCACCUGCCAUUUUUCAUACAGUGUUAGACAGUGAUGCUGUUGAGGAGGAAGUUGAUGUGAAACCCCCCGUACUGCCCCCACCAGAGGAGGAGCAGGUGGAGGACGUGAAAGUGGCUUUAGAUAUGCUGAGGUCCAGCUCGUCUCCACCUCCUGAAGCCACGACAAGUACGGGAAGGGACAUAUCCUCACCAGCGACUGAAGUGAACGGGAUAAAAGUCGUUAACCUGCCGAUACCAAGAUUAGACACUGUAAGAGAAAAUGCUGCUGACCAGCCAAUCAGGUCGUCUCCCUCACCACCUCUGGUCAAGGUGAAGGAUGAGCCCAUAGAUGAAGAUUAUGAUCAAGCUCUGAUAUCUUCCACAUCCACUGCAAACGUGAAAGAUGAGCCCAAUAUUGCAAAGGAGGACCUGAGGAUCGGAUCGGUCUUCUCUGUGACCCCAGCUGCUGAAGCUCAAUCGCUGCCCGUCGUCAACCCCUCCUCCCUGCACAUGUCCUGCUCCAACUGCAAGUCGAGCCUGAUCAAAGGACAGACUGCUUUCCAGAGGAAGGGCUCCCCCGCCCUCUUCUGCUCCACCUCCUGCCUCACCACGUCGCUCCCCGCAGCCAAAGGAGUCACUAAGGUCUGCCACGACUGCCAAAAGUUGAUAUUUCGGCCUCAGGACAUCAUCCUGGCUCCAGAUGCUAGUGGCAGCGUGAAAGAAUUCUGCUGUCAGAACUGCCUGACCAGCUUCAACUUCAAGCAAGACGCCAUCAAAAAAUCAUCUCAACCAAAAUUAACCCCGUCACUCUGCAGCAUGUGCAGCAGAUACUGCAUCAGCAAACAUGAGGUGAUCCUGAGCGGUGCUGUCCACAAGCUUUGCAGCGACGCCUGCUUCAACCGUUUCCGGAAAGUCAACAAACUUUCCAUGGCUGGCUGCGAAAACUGCGGCUCAUACUGCCUCAAGAAAUCGCUCAUGCUGAAGCUGAAGGACAGCCACAAAACUUUGUGCAAUGUAGAGUGUCUGGCCAAGUACAAAGAGAACACUAAGACCAACCAGCCCUGCGUGAUGUGUAACACUACCCGGCCGAUGGGAGAAAUGAUUCACAACAAGAACAGUGACAACUCAGUGAGCCUGUACUGCAGCAGCAGCUGUGUGAUGGCUUUCAAGGUCCAGUCCGUCAGUGCAUCAGGUGCUCGGGUGAGUUGUGAUAAUUGUGGGAAAAACACAGUCCCCGCCUACCACCUGGCCAUGUCAGAUACCUCCAUCAGGAACUUCUGCACUCUGCCUUGUGUCAUGGCUUUUCAGGAAAGGUUCAAGAAGUCCCAGACACAGGUGAAUAUUUUUACCAAGUUGCCUGUCGGAUCACCCCAAAUCCAGAUCACCUCCGCCCAAAAUCAGCAAGAAAUCCCCAAAGCACCACUGAAACUGAACUGCUUCCAGUGUGCCCGCAACAUACAAUCUCUACCUGAAGUCAUCCAGAUCAAGGACCAAAUGGUUUUCGUGUGCAGCAUUGAUUGUGCUCACGAGUUCAAGAAAGACAACAACGUGACGAGCCUGUGUGAAUACUGUAAGAUCGAAAAGAUCACCAGAGACGCUAAGAGGAUAGACAACAGAGACUGCUACUUCUGCAGCGACGGAUGUAAGCUCCUCUUCAGACACGACCAGACUAAAAGCUGGGGGAAGCACUGUAACUCCUGCGCCUACUGCUACAGUGUGUCCAAGGAGCUGGUGACGGCUCAGUACGGAGGCUCCACCGAGGAGUUCUGCUCUGACGAGUGCCGCUCCAAAUACACCAUGCUCUUCUGCCACGUUGCAAAGUGUGACACCUGCGGCCGCAAAGGGAAACUGAAGCAGAGUCUUCCCAUGCUGGGAGAGGUCAAACACUUCUGUGAUCUGACCUGUCAGCUGCAGUUCUGCUGCGAUAAAGUGGCCACGCAGGGAGAAAUCGUCAAAGGUACAGCGGAGGCCACACCCGUCAUCGCCAGUGUCAUCUCACUUGCAGGACCUCCAACAGAGAAAUCAAACGCUUCCAACAGAACUGUCCAGACAAGUACACAACACACAAACACAGGCACAUCCUGUCAUCCCAAGAGCUUUGGAAAUUUUAGUGUUCAGACGGAUACAGUGAACGUUCCUUCUCCUUCCCGCCCAAAAAUCCUGAAGAACAAGGCCGUGCUCUGCAGACCGCUGGUGCAGAACAAAGCGAUUUCCUGUAAGACGCAGACAGCCGAUGUUGAAGCACAAACGGACGACAUCUUUCCUAAAAUCCUGAUCGUUCCCGUCCCAGUGCCGGUGUAUAUUCCUGUACCCAUGAAUAUGUACAGCCAGUUUACCCCCCAACCUGUGGGGCUGCCAUUACCAGUGCCGGUACCCAUGUUCCUGCCUGUGACAUUGGACAGCGCUGAACGCAUCUUAGAAACCAUCCAGGAGAUAAAGCAAAAGAUCCCGUCCGACCCCUUCGAGGCAGAGCUCAUCCUCAUGGCCGAGAUGGUGGCAGAACAACAUGAGAACAGCAACAAGGAGGAGAGACCAAAGGAGAAGGUGGCGGGAAAAGACAGAAAACAAGUAACUGCUCCAGAUGAUCACGCCAGUAACUACAGUGAUGACUUAGACACAGAAGACUUGGCAAGUUUUCUCAAUAACUGGGAGGAAGCCUCCUCUGAUCCAGCUGUCAGGUCUCCCAGUCGGCCGCACGCUCACGAGAAGCUCAACCCCGUUAUAGGCAUUCCCCUGGGCCUGACCAAUGAGCCUUUCCCCGAGCCCAACCCUGCCUUGGACAUCGAAGCAGACUUCACUGUCGAAAUGUUGGAGAAAAUUGCCCGUUUAAGAGACGAGUCCAGGCGCACCCCGAGCCCUCCGCCUGCUACUCCAAGGCGACGACAAGCUCACAGGAAAGCCAGAGAAAAAAGGGGUCGUAAGCCAAAGCGCUCGUCUAAGACAGCUGAAGUGUCGACUCAAAAGGCCGAGGCAGUAGAGGUCCCAAAACUGCAGAGUGAAUAUGGAGUUGAAGCCUGGAAGCGAUGGAUCCAGAAGAGGCCAGCUCAACCCAACAUGGAGAAACCACGCUUUGGUUCUCGCCCGAUAGAGUUGAAGGAGGAUGUUCUCAGCUGCACCACGGCUGAGCUGAGCUACGGUCUUUGUUCUUUCAUCAGUGAGGUGAAACGACCCAAUGGAGAGCCGUACUCCGCCGACAGCCUCUUCUACCUCUGCCUCGGCAUUCAGCAGCAUCUGUUUACAAACGGUCGUGUGGAGAACAUCUUCAUGGAUCGGUUCUACAACAAGUUCGCCACAGAGUUCACUACUAAUCUUAGACAUUUUAAACCUUCAAUCACAGCAAGUGGUUAUAUCCAUUCCCGUGUAGAGGAGGAGUUUCUCUGGGAAUGUAAACAGCUGGGGGCGUACUCCCCCAUCGUCCUCCUCAACACUCUGCUCUUCUUCUGCUGCAAGUACUUUGGCUUCACUACGGUGGAGCAGCACCGCCAGCUGUCCUUCGCCCACGUCAUGCGCUGCACCAAAACCAACCAUGACAACAGCAAGAACACCUUCCUGCGCUUCUACCCCCCAAUAUCCAUAAACGAGGCAGAGGCAGAGCCAGAUCCAGAGGUUCCAGCUAAGAGGCGUAAGGAGGAGGAGAGUAAAGAGGAUAUCCUGGAGAUGAUGGAGAACACAGAGAACCCUCUCCGCUGUCCAGUCAGACUUUACGAGUUUUACCUCUCCAAGUGCUCGGAGUCGGUCAAACAGCGCACCAACCUGUUCUUCCUUCAGCCUGAGCGCUGCUGCGUCCCCAACAGCCCCCUGUGGUUCUCCUCCAGCCCACUGGACGACAGCACAAAGGAAAACAUGCUCAUUCGCAUCCUCACUGUCAGAGAGCUGCAUGUCAGGAGGAAGAAAGAUGGAGGGAUAAAGCAGAAGAAACCCGAUGAUCUACCAUACAUACCUGGCGAGGAAGAAGAGGGGGAUUCAGAGUGAAAGUGAUGCGGGAAGAUACCUUUUUAUUGGUGCAUCAACUUGUUGUGAAAAUAUUGUAAAUAAAGAGAUUAGAUCAUUUGAAUAUGACCUAAUAAACAGAAAUGGACAGAAUAAUCCCUAUGGAGCAUAAGUACCAUUUUCAGAACUGCAAUUCAAGUGAUAUUCCUUGUUUUGGAACUGAGAUGGAAGACUCAACUAAGAAUUCGGACUAUCAACUACUUGCUCAAUUGGACACAAAGCUAUACUGUAUUUUAUCUGCUAGAUGGUAGCUUCCCAAUUUUGGUUUAGGUUAUCAGUGAGUAAAUGUCCAGAAGACAAACGGCUAACUGUGAUGUAGAUGUAAAUUGGCGACCAACAUUUACAUACUUGAGUUUUAACAAUGCAUCGAUACUAUGAUUUUGUGUCAGUCAAAGAGCGGCGCAAUUGUUAAACCCUAAGGGUUGAAUGUCAUUUAUGAAAAUGUAGGAAGCACACUUCAUAACAAAAUAAUUCAUAGAAUUCAUAGGAAUUCAUAAUGUAAAUACUACCAAAAUGUGCCGUGAUUGUGCAUUCUUCCAUUAUAUCUGCUGGUUUAAAUGAUUCAACAGGCUUCUCCAAUUUGCUCUUGGUAAAAUGUUAGAAACUGAACUUCAACAAAAGAAAAGAAGUUUCACUGAAAGAUUCAAAUAGUUUUUUACAUUUCGUCUUGCCUCACUCGCAGACAAAUUAACCAAUUUUAGGAAUUAAUUUCAGUGUAUUUGAAAACAUUUUUUUAAAGCAAUGUAUCAUGUUUGAAAAGACUCACACCACUGGAACAUUUCACUAAGUUACCUUUUGUUGACUGAACGCAUUGAAGUGAGUGUUGAUGACUGCAUUUUGGACAUAGGGCCUACUGUUUUCAGUACUGUCCUCUCAUACAUGGACUUGUUACAUAACCUUGAGUCCCUGGCGUUAUAAAAAAAAUACUGUUCUGUCAUGUAUAUCUUGGUUAUAUUAACCCCCAUUCCUUAAAGUAUGGCUGCCAAUGUUCUUGACAUUUUCUAUUCUAUGUUGUUUUUGAAUAAAAUCCUUUCAAAUGUA